AUGAUGCAUUCAGUUAGGAGUCUUGCACAAUUUUGGUUUGUCGAAGGAAGAAUUACGGCAACGUUACUUCGCAAGUCUAAUGAAGGAUGUUUAACACAGAAAAGGAUGAGGCGGAGAACACUUACACCGCCUCCGUGGCUACCUAAGAAAAAGGAAGAGAAAAUUGUGGAGUCCAUCGACCCGAAUACACAAGUGAUGUUACAGAAACUUAUCAAAUUAGAAAAUGAAGGUGCAUGUCAAAAUCUAAUUCAUGUUCCAAUCAUUCGGGCAAACCCGCAUUUAUCUCCCAAAGCUCCAUUAUGUGAACUGCCGCAAGCUGUUCCAUCACCAGAAUGGACUCCAGAAUCUAAUCGAAUUGGAAUGAUUGCACGAAAGAUUGGAAUGUUUCCUCAAUGGACUGUCGAUGGAACGCGAUUUUUGUGCACAUUGCUUGAGUUUCCCAAGAAUGUCGUUAUUUCAGCAGUUGAUCCGGAAACAUACUAUCGAAUAAGCAUAGUUGGCAAGCGCAAAGCCUAUGGUAGAUAUGGUCCUCGUUGGCGAAUUAUGAUUGGUGCUGAAGAUGGUGAUCCAUCAAAAUAUAGUGCUCAGUAUCGUGCCGCUUUCGAACGUCAUGGUAUUUCUGUGAAAAAGCACAUAGCAGCUUUUUUGGUUACUGAAGAUGCAGUGGUAAGGCCAGGUACAGAGUUACACAUUUGUCAUUUCAAAGUAGGUCAAUUUAUAACUGCCACUGGACAUACCAUUGAUUGGGGUUUUCAAGGUGGUAUGCAUCGAUGGGGCUUCAAAGGUAUGCCUGCUAGGCGAACCACAAAAUCGCAUCGUCGAAUCGGUGCUAUUGGUUCAAAAGGAGAUGCUAGAGUAAGACCAGGAAAACGAAUGCCUGGUCAUAUGGGUUAUGAAUGGCGAUCUAUUCCAGGUCUUGAAGUGUUAAGAAUAAAUCCUGAAAAACAAGUCAUGUAUGUAAACGGGUCGGUACCUGGUGAAACAGGGGAAAUAUUGCUCAUCAAAGACUGUUAUCAUGAUAAAAAAAAGGUGUUAAAUCCACAUUUUCCAACUUUUUAUUUUGAAAAAGAUUUUGAGGCUGAAACAAAAUGUAACGAAAAUCCUGAUUCCUUGUUCGUUUAUGAAGACGGUGAAUUCUUCGCCAGGAGGUUAUUUAGGAUGACUAUGCCCUCUAUAGUUUUCACUGAACCAGAAGAAUUCAAAGGAAUCAAGAGAGAUAAAACAAAAGCAAAGACAGCAAAAGUACUUUUUUUUGAAAGCAGUUUGCUACAUACAGGUGUCCAUCAAUAUCUAUGUGUAUCAUCAAUUAUAUUUAACAUGAAUGGUGAAAAUUUGUUGGCUACAGAUGAAGUUUCAGCAAAAAAAGAUCAUUCUGUAAACAAACUUUCUCAUUGUUUAAGAGCGAUAUCAGCAGCUCGUUUACCUCGUAUUGUACUUUUAUCAGUUUUUGAAUAUUUAAGUCUCAGGGAUUUAGCACAGUGUUCUCGUGUGUGUAAACACUGGUGGAUUGUUUUACAACAUCCGGAUAGCUUUGUUUGGGAACGCCUGGCACAUUUAAUAAUCCCAGAAGAAGCUCUAAACGAUCCUUAUCUUUUAUCAGAAACACCGUCUUUGAAAGAUAAAAUACGAGCUUUUUAUUACGCUUGGAAUCCAGAGGAUUUAUCUGCCAAUAAUUAUUUGCGAACCAAUGGUUUUACAGUUCAUCGAAAUCCCGUCGCUCAAAGUACUGAUGGCGUUAGAGGUAAAAUAGGUGUGAAUGGCGGUAUUCAUGCUUGGGAAUUCAAGUGGGAAGGUCCGUUAGGAACAGUUGCUUGCAUCGGUUUGGCGACAAAGCAUGCUGCGCUGCACUGCCAAGGUUACGUUGCUUUACUAGGAAGUGAUGAUCAAAGCUGGGGAUGGAAUCUUGUAGACAAUAAUUUAAUGCACAAUGGUCUUCCAAUCAGUCAUUAUCCGUAUAUUAAUAAUCCUCCUAAAUAUCAGGUCAGCAAUAGCAGAAGAUCCUGUUGGAAUUUCGGUUAAUA